CACCACCGGUGCCACAGAAACGAGUGGAAGGUGGAAGUAAGAUUAGCCUCUCUGGUUGGGCACCGAGUAAUUUAUGUAGCUGAAAAAGACUGUUGUGAUUCCUGAUAUUUAUAAAGCGUACAUGUACUCGUCAGAAGACAUAUCUCCGACCUUAUAUUCUGGCUGUAAGGUGGCUGCUGAAGUAGAUAUCUACUUUUCUCCGGGCAUGAUAAGUAACGAUAGCUAACGGUAGCAGUCCCUCCUCAUCGUGUAACUAGCCACUCAGCUACUCUAACAGCAGCUGUCUUUCCCCUGAUUCUGACGACUUUCUUACAAACAUGCCUAUUCAGCUGACAAGUCAGGCGUACUGUAAAAUGCUUUUACAUGCUGCCAAGUAUCCUCACAGCGCCGUGAAUGGAUUGCUGGUAGCAGAAAAAACGAAGGAGAAGAAGAAAGACAGCCACAGUGAUCCCGUCUUGUGCGUGGACUGCGUGCCUCUGUUUCACGGUACUCUUGCUCUGGCACCAAUGCUAGAAGUGGCUUUAACGCUGAUUGACACUUGGUGUAAAGAAAAUAAUUACAUCAUUGCCGGAUAUUACCAAGCGAAUGAACGCACGAAGGAUUCAAGACCAAACCAAGUUGCAGAAAAAGUGGCUGCCAGGAUUUCUGAGAACUUCAGCGACACAGCAAUUGUUAUGGUGGACAGCAGUAGAUUAACAAUGAGCUGUUUUGAGCCAAUUGUACUUAUCUAUGAUCAUCAUGAAAACAAAUGGAAAAGCAGAGAAGUAACUUCUGACUCUUUUGAGGACUGGAAUGAAGCACAGAAGAUCACGUCUGCUCUGCUCGAGGGCAGGUCCUAUGAGAACUUGAUCGACUUUGAUAAUCACUUGGAUGAUCUAAGAAACGACUGGACAAACCCUGUAAUCAACAAGUCCGUCCUGGAUCUGUGCUAAGGCCUUCUGUCAGGAGUAUUCUGGAUACACACACACAAAUAUUGCUGCCAUUUCAGCAUGCAUGAUGCUACUAAUCAUGUAGCACAGAUAUACAAAAAAAUGCUGAACUCAUAAUCUAUGUUCCAUCAAAAGGCUCGUGUACUGAUGGGAACUGGCGGAGCACCGACCAGUUAGGCCAAAAUCUCUCAAGGGCAAGCACCAUAUGUGCACUGUUGGCCUGCGUCCACCUUUACAAGGUGAUGCCGAGGUGAUAAAGGAAAUUAUGUUUUUGAAUGCAACUUAAUGUUUUUUGUUUUCCUGCAAUGGUUUGUGUUUAUUCAAAGGUAUGUGCAAAAAAAAAAAAAGUUUUAAGCAUUUGAUUUAUACAUCUACUCUUAAUUUUUGAAGCCAGUAGCAAUACAGAGAUCAAGUUCUAAAUUAUUAAAAACUUUAGGUGAUGAUUGUACUGCUAAGAUGUGAAUAUGUUCUUUAUUAAUUUCCUAGUUUGUUUUGAACCCUGAAACAAAAUUCACACAUACAAUUGUACUCUGAAGAAGUUUGUUGAAAGUUUAAUUAAAAAAAAAUCAAAGAAGAACAUGUUGAUGACACAGAACCAGACAAAUGGGAACCAUCAGCGUUUUGUCCAAUUCGAUUGUGCUAACUUCAGUUUUCUGUAGAUGCACCAGCAGCAACAAAAAGGGAAGCUCAGCUCAAGAGGUGUGACUUUUUAGUGACUAAUACUUAGACAGUUGUUUCUAUGAUGUAUGUCUUUUGUUACUGUCACUGGUGUGCUUAAGAAUGUCUUUCUCGAUGAUGAUAUACAUCUGUGCAUAUUUGCUUUUGAAGUUAACGUCUGGGAGAUUGGCUCAAAACACUAAAUCAGAUCACAGGAAUGUGUGAAUUUUGUUUUGCGUUGGAUAUCUGUUUUAAGAAAUAGACAAUAGUUUGUAUUUAUACUUAAUUGACCACUCUGAAUCCAACUAUCUUUAAAACAAUGGUUAAAAAAUUUAUAAAACAAUGCUUAAAAAAUAUUUAUUGUGCGGCUAUAGAACCAGCUUUGUAUUUGAGAUUAGAGUUGAUUAGAGAUAACUACUUCAACAAUUAUGUGGACUUUUUCUUUUUUUUUAACAGAAAUUUACUGAACUGAAUGUACAAUGAAACAGAUUUUUGAAAGGAUUUAACUCUUUGCCAGAUUUGUUUUAUGUCUUUUGUGGAGUUAUUUUGCCAUGUGUCUUAUACCACUGCCUUGACUGUUAAAAAAAAAAAAAAAAGGUUGAAAACAGUCAGUGACCAGCUCUGGGGUUGCAGCUUAAUGAUUUAGCUUUGUUCGGUUUGCUUGUCAAGGGUUGUGUUUAUGGAUUUACCGCUCUGUCAGGAACAUGUGUCAAGGUCAUGUGAUACUGCUAACAGGUAGAAUGGAGAACAAUAUGGAAGACAUUUUCUAUGUCAAUUUGCAAGACAAAAUUUCUAAUAAAUAUUUUAUGUAACAAACGGA